ACUCCCCAGGCAGGAUGGGGAUAGGCAGAGGGACCCGAAUACCACUAUGGAUACCUAUACUAAUGAUCAUCUUAAGCCAUCAGAAAGUACAUGCCCAGUUUGGAUAUCAGCAAUCCCAGUAUGAGGACCAGCAAUCCCAGUAUGAGGACCAGAAAUCCCAAUAUGUGGAUCAGCAAUCCCAGUUUGAAGAUCAGCAGUCCCAAUAUGUGGACCAACAACCCUUCCAUCCUGAGGAACAGCAAGUGCAGCAGACACAUGACUAUUUUACCACAUUAGCGCCCUCAAGUCCUGUGAGCAUGAUCCCUGCAUUGAGAACAACAAUGGUUAUCAAGUCUGGAAACUCAGCUCAUAAUCACAGAGUGUGUAGCACUUGGGGCAAUUUCCACUUCAAGACCUUUGAUGGAGAUAUCUAUCAGUUUCCUGGACUCUGCAAUUAUGUCUUUGCAUCCCACUGCAAAUCCUCUUAUGAAGACUUCAAUGUGCAAAUAAGACACUUGGUGAUUAAGAAUGUUACCGUUAUAAGCCAUGUGGUUUUAAAACUUGAUGGAGUAGCUGUUGAACUGACCACAAAUUCCAUUAUUGUGAAUGGAGAGCCGGUUCAGUUGCCUUACAGCCACUUAGGAAUUCUGAUGGAGAGAAUCUCAGAUUAUCUUAAGAUCCAAGGGAAAUCAGGAAUCACCCUGAUCUGGAAUCAUGGGGACAGCCUUUUGUUGGAACUAAAUGAAAAAUAUGCUAAUCAAACUUGUGGCCUUUGUGGAGAUUUCAAUCAAAUUGCAACCUACAAUGAAUUCAUUUCCAACAAUGUCCAGCUGACUCCUUUGCAGUUUGGAAACAUGCAGAAGAUGGACGGACCCACAGAACAAUGUGAAGAUCCUGUCCCUUUACCUGGAACCCAAUGCAGUCAGGCUACCACUCUGUGCCAAAAUAUACUGACUGGUAAUGCAUUUGAAGCUUGCAAUGCAUUGGUUGAUGUGCGUGUCUACAUUGAUGCUUGCAUACAAGACAUAUGCCAAUGUGAUCCAUCUGUGACUGAAGUCUGCAUCUGUAACACCUUUGCUGAGUACUCCAGGCAAUGCUCCCAUGCCGGUGGGCAACCACUUGAAUGGCGAACAGAAGAUUUCUGUCCCAAGUCUUGUCCUUUCAACAUGCAGCAUCGAGAAUGUGGAUCCCCUUGUUUUGACACUUGUACCAAUUUUGAGCAGUCCCAGUUAUGUGAAGAUCACUGUAUAGAUGGUUGUUUCUGUCCCUCCGGCACUGUGUUCGAUGACAUUAACAAUUCUGGCUGCAUCCCCAGUUCAGAUUGUUACUGCACUUACAAUGGGGAUUCUUACGCUCCUGGUACUUCUUUUUCCUCCCAAUGUAUUUCAUGUUCAUGCACUGGGGGACAAUGGACUUGCAUCAGCCUUUCAUGUCCUGGAGUGUGUUCUGUUGAAGGUGGCUCCCAUAUCACCAGUUUUGAUGAGAAACACUAUUCCUUUUUUGGGGACUGUAGCUAUAUGCUCACUAAGCUCUGUGAUAGCAAUACCUUUGCUGUUCUGGGAGAAAUUCAAAAGUGUGGCAUGACAGAAACUGAGACAUGCCUGAAAGGAUUAGCUAUAAGCACUGAUGGAGGACAGACAGUGAUUGUGAUCAAGUCUAAUGGAGCUGUAUAUGUGAAUAUGAUUCUCACUCAGCUGCCUAUCUCAGCAUCCAAUGUCACCAUCUUCAACCCUACCUCAUUCUUCACUGUGGUCGAUACAAAAUUUGGAUUCCAGCUGGUGAUACAAUUUAUCCCUACGAUGCAGCUGUUUAUAUACAUGGACCCAAGCCACAAAGGGCAGACAUGUGGCCUCUGUGGAAAUUUCAAUGGCAUCCAAACAGACGACUUUAAAGCUAUCAGUGGGGUGACAGAAGGAACCCCUGCUGCCUUUGCUAAUACCUGGAAAACACAGGCAGACUGCCCCAACAUCAAAAAUAUAUUUGAAAACCCCUGUACUCUCAGUAUAGAAAAUGAAAAAUAUGCUUUACACUGGUGCGGAUUGCUGACUGACAAAAAGGGGCCUUUUCAGAAAUGCCACUCAGUAGUAAACCCAGAUAUUUACCAUACUAACUGCAUGUUUGACACUUGUAACUGUGAAAAGAGUGAAGACUGCAUGUGUGCUGCCCUUUCAGCUUAUGUCAGGGCCUGUGCUGCUAAAGGAGUAUUGCUAAGUGGAUGGAGGACUAUUGUCUGUGCCAAAUUCCAAAUUUGUCCUGAAACCUGGAGCUAUCAUUACAACAUUGGGACCUGUCAAGCCACCUGCAGAGCUCUCAGUGAGGUUGAUGUCACCUGCAAAAUCAAGUUCCCUCCAGUAGAUGGAUGCACCUGUGAAGAAGGGACAUACCUCGAUGACAGUGGCAAAUGUGUGCCUGCUUCUAAGUGCCCUUGUUACCACAAAGGAUCUGCCAUUCCAUCUGGAGAGGUGGUUCAUGACAAUGGCAUCAUGUGUACCUGUGUGCAAGGCAAGCUUCAGUGCAUUGGGGUAGUGAAACCACAAACAGAUUGUGUUGCUCCUAUGGUCUACUUCGAUUGUAAUAAUGCCACAGCUAACACUCAUGGGGCUGAGUGUCAGAAGAGCUGCCAGACACUUGAUAUGGGAUGUUAUAGCGCACAUUGUGUCUCUGGUUGUGUAUGUCCUGAUCAGCUAGUCUCUGAUGGUACAGGCAAAUGUAUACCUGCAGAAGAAUGUCCAUGUGUUCACAAUGAAGCCACAUACAAACCAGGAGAAACUAUCAAAGAUAAAUGUAACACUUGCACAUGCAAAAACCGAAAGUGGAUAUGCUCUAAUAAACCUUGUCUGGAAACUUGUUCAGUUUACGGAGAUGGUCAUUAUAUCACCUUUGACGACAAACGAUACUCCUUCAAUGGAUUGUGUGAAUACACACUGGUCCAGAAUCAGUGUGGUAAAAAUAAGACAAAUGUAGAAACUUUCCGGGUGAUCACAGAGAAUAUCCCCUGCGGUUCUACAGGGACUACCUGCUCAAAAGCCAUUAAGGUGUUCGCUGGGAAGUAUGAGUUACUACUUACAGAUGGAAAAUUUGAGGUGAUACAGAGACUUCCUGGUGGAGACAAAGUGCCAUUCAAGAUUCGAUACAUGGGCAUCUACAUGGUGAUUGAAAUUUUUAACGGAAGCGUGAUCCUGAUAUGGGAUAAAAAAACCAGUGUGUUCAUUAAACUCGAAGCACACUUUAAGGGUGAAGUCUGUGGCCUUUGUGGAAACUAUGAUGGCAAUGACAUCAAUGAUUUCACCACCAGGAGCCAGUCUGUAAUAGGAGAUGUCCUGGAGUUCGGUAACAGCUGGAAAGUUUCUCCUACUUGUCCAGAUGUCUCAGGUAGCAGAGAUCCUUGUACUGCAAAUCCCUACAGGAGUUCCUGGGCACAGAAGCAGUGUAGCAUCAUUCACAGCAAGACAUUUGCUCUCUGCCAUCCUCAGGUUGAACCAACUAAAUAUUAUGAAGCAUGUGUAUCUGAUGCCUGUGCUUGUGACACUGGAGGAGACUGUGAAUGCUUUUGUACAGCUGUAGCUGCAUAUGCACAGGCAUGUCAAGAGGCUGGUGCAUGUAUCUCUUGGAGAACUCCAUCCAUCUGUCCUUUAUUCUGUGAUUACUACAAUAAAAAGGGAGAGUGUGAAUGGCAUUAUCAACCUUGUGGUUCUUCUUGCAUGAAGACCUGUAGGAAUCCACACAAUUGUUCACUUGAAUUAUAUGACUUGGAAGGAUGCUAUCCAAAAUGUCCAGAUGAUAAACCCUACUUUAAUGAAGAUGAGAUGGACUGUGUGUCCCUUGAUAAGUGUGGCUGCUUUGAUGAUAAAGGAAACUAUUAUAAACCAGGAGAAAAAUUGCCUUCAGAAAAGAGCUGUCAAUCAUGUUAUUGCUCAAUGGACAGUGAAGAGGACUGCAGAUAUGAUGAAAAUGAAUGCUACUGUAUCUAUGAAGGAAAGAUAAGCAAACCUGGCGAGAUCAUCUACAAUACAACUGAUGGCAUUGGAGGGUGCAUCACGGCAAUUUGCAGUCAAAAUGGCACAAUUGAGAGGAAUAUCUUUCCAUGUUCCACAACCCCUACCAGUAUUCCCACCUCUACUGUCUUUGUAUUUACUAACACCACUUCACCAGCAAGUACUACUGCAGUGCCCAUGACUACAUCUGUCUGUGUUCAUGAAGUGUGUCAUUGGUCAGCAUGGUAUGAUGGGAUGCAGCCUGGCUCAGGAAACAAUGAUGGAGAUUUCGAAACUUUUGACAAUCUAAGGGCCAAAGGCUACCGAGUCUGCAAAACUCCAAAAGCUGUUGAAUGUAGAGCAGAGAAAUUCCCCAAUACUCCAUUAACUACACUGGGCCAGAAGGUAGAAUGCAGCAAAACAGUUGGAUUAAUUUGUAAUAAUAUGGACCAGCAUCCAGAAAUCUGCCACAAUUAUCAAAUCAAAAUACUAUGCUGUAGCUUUGUACCAUGUGACAAUUAUACAACAGCUUCCACACCUGAAACUACCACAGUCUCUCCAGUUCAAACAACUACAGUACCAGCUACUAUUUUGACAAGUACCACUGCUUUCACAAAUACAAUUAAAGGAACCACUAGCAUCUUAACAACAACACCAGAAACUACUUUUUUACCUACUAGCACUAUGGUCCCAUCUACCAUGAAAACUGGAUAUUCAACAACAAAAACAACUUGCAUGCCUAUUUGCAAAUGGACAGAAUGGUAUGAUGUGCAUUUUCCUACACUGGAUAAUGAAGGAGAUUUUGAAACAUAUGACAUUAUUAAAGCCACAGGAAAAGAUAUCUGUGAAAACCCAGAACAUAUAGAAUGCAGAGCUGAGAAAUUCCCUAAUAAAACUAUUGAUGAAAUUGGCCAAAACGUCCAAUGCAAUGUAUCCUUUGGAUUUGUUUGCAAAAAUGAAGAUCAGUUGGGAAUGCUGCAAAUAUGUUUUAACUAUCAAAUUAAAGUCUAUUGUUGCAACAAUGAAUGUUUGACCACUCCCACAGAAACAACAUCAACUGCCACUUCUAGCUCAACCAUCCCAGUUUCAACCACAAGGCUCAUUGUAACAACGACACCAGAAGUGAUAACCACGACCAGACCACCCACCUCAACCAUGAAAACCACCACCAGCAGUACCACCAGAGAAACAUCUCCCACCAUCACAACAACAGUUACCUCUCCCACAAUUGCCAUAGUAACCACAACUCCUUUGCCUACUACUACCCAGCUACCCACUACAACAACAACUCUCACUACGACAACUCCACCAAUGACCACUUCUUCUAGCUCAACUCACCCAGUUUCAACCACAAGGCCCACUGUAACAACGACACCUGAAGUGAUAACCACGACUGUACCUCAAUCCACUUCAAGUAUUGCAUCUUCAACCACCACUAUGGGAAGCAGCACAAGUCAUUGCUUUUGCCAAAUUGGGGAAAAUAUUUAUAUGCCUGGUGAAAUUAUUUAUAAGCAAACUGACAGUGAUGGCUGCCUUUAUUUCGCUAUUUGUGGUAGCACAUGUUCCGUUGAAAGAUACAAAGGGCCAUGUGUAUCAACUACACCCAAACCCACCUCAACUCCCACAAUCAUCUCCACCACUCCUACUACCAGUACUGCUGGUACUACUCUACCACCAGGCUGUCCUGAUGCUAUUCCACCCCGGGAGGUGGGUGAGACAUGGAUAGAAAAUUGCACCAAAGCAACUUGUAUAAAAAACAACAGCAUUAUGAUAACUAAAGUGGAGUGUCCACCGGUACAAACUAUUGUUUGUGAAAAUGGCUACCCACCAGUAAAAGUUUUCUCAAAGGAUGGAUGUUGCUAUCACUAUGAAUGUGAAUGUAUUUGUAGUGGCUGGGGUGAUCCCCACUUUAUCACAUUUGAUGGAGUCUACUACACUUUCUUGGACCAUUGCACUUAUGUAUUGGUGCAGCAAAUUAUACCAAAAUAUAAUAACUUUAAAAUCCUUCUUGGUAAUUACUACUGUGACACAGAAGAUCAACUUUCCUGUCCCCAGUCUAUUAUUAUACACUACAAAUCUUCAGUCAUUGUGUUAACUCGCCAACAAUUUAAUGGGAUAGAAAUUAACAAGAUCUCUUUCAAUGGAAAACUCAUAACGACAAGUUUCCAGAAAGAUGGCAUUUAUAUCUACACAAUUGGUAUUAAUAUGGUGGUUGAAAUUUCCGAAAUUGAAACUGUUGUCACCUAUGGUGGUACAAUCUUCUCAGUAAAGCUUCCAUUCAGCAAGUUUUACAACAAUACUGAAGGACAAUGUGGUACUUGCACUAACAAUAUAAAAGAUGAAUGUCGCUUACCAAAUGGCGAAGUAACAGAUUGCCCCCACAUGGCUCCCCAUUGGAAAGUGCCUGAUCCUAAAAAGGAUUACUGCUCUGGAACAACACCACCUGUACCAACUGAAAUUAUAACACCUGCACCUGAAAUAUGUAGCACAGCUCCUCUCUGUUCUCUUAUUUUGAAUGACAUCUUCUCUGAGUGCCAUAAGAUCAUACCCCCAGAUCCCUACUUUCAAGGCUGCCUCUCUGAUGCUUGCCAUAUGAAAAAUAUCUCCAUGCAAUGUUCAGGAUUGGAGAUAUAUGCUUCUCUCUGUGCCUCUAAAGGUGUUUGUAUCGAUUGGCGAGGGAAGACCAAUGAUGAAUGUUCCUUUAGCUGCCCUACAGAUAAAGUAUAUGUUCCAUGUGGCCCCAUCAAUCCUCCCACCUGUGAUAACAGUGGCCCUCCACAGACUGGAAUAACAGAAGGUUGCUUCUGUAAAAAUGGAACCAAACUCUUCAGUACCCACAGAGAUAUCUGUGUUUCUGAUUGUGGUUGUACUGGACCAGAUGGUUUACCCAAAGUGCCUGGAGAAACUUGGAUUAGCAACUGCCAGAAAUGUACUUGUGAGGAAUAUUCGCUUAUGGUACAAUGUAUUGAAGAACCAUGUCCUACCAAAGCUACUCCUGUGGAAUGUUCUUUUGAAGGGUUUGUACCCAUCACCAUAUUAACCCCUGAGGAAAAGUGCUGUCCUCAAAAGCAGUGUGUGUGCAACACUUCCCACUGUCCCGGGUCUAGUGAAACCUGUCCACUGGGAUAUGAAUUAAAGAAGGAAAACUUGCCAGGAGGCUGCUGCAUUAACACCACUUGUGUGAAAGUACCAGGUUGUGUUGUCAAUGGAACGUUCUACAGUCCUGGGGCAGUCAUACCAGCAGGAUUAUGCGAAUCAUGCAUAUGCUCUGAAAAAGAAGAUCCAGAAAACAAUGUGGAAUGUGUGUUUCAAAAAUGUGACCAAAGAUGCCCGCUGGGUCACAAAUAUCAGGAAGUAUCUGGACAAUGCUGUGGCCGAUGUGUUCAGUUUGCUUGUGUUCUGACACUGGAUUCCUACCCUGCCCAAGUGCUCAAGCCAGGAGAAACUUGGUACCCACCAGGAAACAAUUGUACUGCAUAUGAAUGUAAUCUUUUUGAGAACCAAUAUGUUCCUGUCUCUAUCAAGAGAGCCUGCCCUCCGUUGGAUCCAAAUUGCCAGCCGGAGGAUGUGCAAUUCACUGAUGAUGGAUGUUGCAAGUGGUGCAAACCUCAACCGGUGAAACUCUGUGGAACAGCAAAUACCACCAAAACAAUAAAAUACAAUGGCUGUGAAUCUUCACCAAUUGAAGUAACAUACUGUAAAGGCCAAUGUGACAGUUUUUCAAUGUAUUCCUAUAAAGCAAACACAAUGAAUCAUACAUGCCACUGUUGUCAAGAGCAAAAAACUACAAAGAAGCAAGUGACCCUGAUUUGCGCCAACGGGUCCACUUUGGAGUAUUCUUACCUCCAUGUUGACAAGUGCGACUGUAUCAAGAGUGAAUGCAACCAUUUGCCCACUUCCACACCAGUUCCGCAAGAAGAGUUCACCUUCCUAUCACAGGAACAGCAGCAGCAACUAGAACAGCAGCAGCAGAAGAAGAAACAGCAAGAAUAAAAGCUGCAGCAGGAAUGAAAGGGACUCUCGGGACCAGUCUUAAACAUUUUCAAAAAGUGGCCCAGAAUUGAAUAAAAGUUAAAAUGUAAUAAAAUGUACACAUUAUGCUCAAGCAACAUUCAACCAAAUAUUUCCUCUGUCUACUCUUUAAGAAAAGAUUUUCUCUUCUGCAUGCCAAGCUUGUUGAAAUGUCCUGACCUUUUCUUGGGUAUAGGCUCAACUGAGACUAUAUGACUGAGUUGGGGGAGGGGGGAAAUCUUGGAAGUGGAGGGGAAGAGGGCUUGGUGUCAAUAAUUGGAAUCAGGGGACGGGGUGAAGAAAUAAAAAGGAUGUAUUGGUUUGGUUUGGGAAUCUUCUCUUGAGAAGCAACAAUUCCUGGAAUAAGGUGACAGAUAGUACCAUUUUAAUUAAGACUGGUGGAGUUUUUAGCAUUAGCUGACAGAAGCCAGACAAGAUCUGGAAACUGAGUAGGAUUCAUCUCUGUUGCAUGUGACAAGAACAUUGGUUGAUAUUUGCUAAAAUGGCAAGUGCAGCUCUCAGUUCCCUGUCAUAAUUUUUCUUACUGUGUUUCCAAAUUCCUUUUUCUACAAACUUCAUUUUUUUCUACUCUUUCCAAAUAUGAGAAUAAUGAUGUAAGAUUUUUUUGAAGAUUUAGUACUAUUUCAACAAGGGAGGGGCGGGUGGAACAUGAAGUAUGGCUGCUGCUGCUGCUGCAGAAGACUGUUUACAUGAUACCAUCAGCAUAGUAGUUGUAUGAGGAUCUGGAUUACUUUUAUAAUUGUUUACAGAAUGGACUAAUAUAAAUAUAUGCACACCAAAAGGUCAUUGGAGAAUGUUUGUAAACCAAAUAAUAUAUAACAAUACUAUAACUUAGAAUUUCUGUUCUGAGUUAGUGGAUUGUUUUCAAACAUCUAAUUACUAUUUAUUUGUUUCCAGAAAAUAGAUUUUCAGGGAUAUUUUCUUUUGAAUAAGGGCUUUACUGUCUGUCAACUAAUGCCUGGUUGAGGGAAAAUUUCAUCUUUUAUACUUGUUAUUUGUUUCUCAACAACAGCUAAAUGAUUAAUAAAAUUACAGUAUUUUG